GGCGCAUGCCCCGUGGUGGUGAGGGACGAGGAGCGGAAUCCGGCGCUCGGCAACGUUCGGCAAUUUCCGUGCAGGCCCCGCCGCCAUUUUCUCGCAGGCUCUCCGUGCUUGUCGGUUGCGCGGCUCUCCGUCCCGCUGGUCAGCGCUUUGUCCUGCUCGGCGAUGGACGGCAUUGUCACUGAUGUUGCAGUUGGUGUGAAGAGAGGAUCUGACGAACUUCUUUCAGGCAGUGUACUCAAUAGCCCGAACUCUAACAUGAGCAGCAUGGUAGUUACUGGUGAAGGACUACUCAUUGGAAGUUCUAGGAACAGCUGUGUAUAUGAAGCUAAUGGUAAUGACAACAAGAAAUUCAAAAGUGAAGAUAAAAUGGAUGGGGCGCCUUCUCGUGUUCUUCAUAUCAGAAAACUGCCUGGGGAAGUGACAGAAACAGAAGUUAUUGCUUUAGGCUUACCUUUUGGUAAGGUAACCAACAUCUUGAUGCUGAAAGGGAAAAAUCAGGCAUUUUUGGAACUUGCAACAGAAGAAGCAGCUAUCACUAUGGUUAAUUACUAUUCAGCUGUGACACCUCAUCUUCGUAACCAACCUAUCUAUAUCCAGUAUUCCAAUCAUAAAGAACUGAAGACUGAUAAUACACUGAACCAGCGGGCCCAAGCUGUUCUUCAGGCAGUGACAGCUGUGCAGGCAACAAAUGCUCCCAUAAGUGGGACCACCGUUAGUGAGAGUGCAGUUACUCCAGCUCAAAGUCCAGUGCUUAGAAUAAUUAUUGACAACAUGUACUAUCCUGUAACCCUGGAUGUUCUUCAUCAGAUAUUCUCUAAAUUUGGUGCUGUAUUGAAGAUAAUCACAUUCACAAAGAAUAACCAGUUUCAAGCUUUACUCCAGUAUGGGGAUCCAGUGAAUGCACAGCAAGCAAAACUAGCCCUGGAUGGUCAGAAUAUUUAUAAUGCUUGCUGUACUCUACGGAUUGAUUUUUCCAAAUUGGUGAAUUUAAAUGUCAAGUACAACAAUGAUAAAAGCAGGGACUACACUCGUCCUGAUCUUCCGUCUGGUGAUGGACAACCAGCGCUGGACCCUGCUAUUGCUGCAGCAUUUGCAAAGGAGACUUCUCUUCUAGGGCUUCCUGUUGCAGCUGUUCCAGGAGCUCUGAGUCCUCUGGCUAUUCCAAAUGCUGCUGCUGCAGCUGCAGCUGCUGCUGCUGGCCGCGUGGGAAUGCCUGGAGUCUCAGCCGGUGGCAAUACAGUUCUCUUGGUUAGCAAUUUAAAUGAAGAGAUGGUUACGCCCCAAAGUCUGUUUACCCUCUUCGGUGUUUAUGGUGAUGUGCAGCGUGUGAAGAUUUUAUACAAUAAGAAAGACAGUGCUCUUAUACAGAUGGCUGAUGGAAACCAGUCGCAGCUGGCUAUGAGCCAUCUUAAUGGACAAAAAAUGUAUGGGAAGAUAAUUCGUGUUACCCUUUCUAAACAUCAAACAGUUCAACUACCUCGAGAGGGUCUUGAUGAUCAAGGGCUGACGAAAGAUUUUGGUAAUUCACCUCUGCAUCGUUUCAAGAAACCUGGUUCAAAAAACUUCCAGAAUAUAUUCCCUCCGUCUGCAACGCUUCAUCUAUCCAAUAUUCCACCAUCAGUAGCAGAAGAGGAUUUACGCACACUGUUUGCUAACACUGGAGGCACUGUGAAAGCAUUUAAAUUUUUUCAAAGAGAUCACAAGAUGGCACUUCUUCAGAUGUCAACAGUAGAGGAAGCUAUUCAGGCUUUGAUUGAUCUUCACAAUUACAAUCUUGGAGAAAAUCACCACCUGAGAGUUUCUUUCUCUAAGUCAACUAUUUAAAAAGGCAGAUUGAAAAUGAGGGUGUAUUGCAUUGUUUGGUGUUGUCACCUAUUGACUGUUCCGGAGAGUGGGGACCAGAGUUUGUCUUCUAUUUUUGGAUUUUCUUUCUGUUUUCCAUGCUGUUAUCAUUCCUUGGUUGUUUAAAAAAUAAGAAAAAAAAAAAAAUUAAGAGCAGUGAUACUAACUGCUGUUGUCCAACUGUUGUUUAGAUGAACCAUCACAUUGUUUAAAAGAUUUCAAGUUAAUACCACAGUUUUUCAACUUAGUUGACAUACGUGCCUUAUAAAGGAAAGCGAGUAAUGCUGGAAUUGCAUAACUAGUGAAAGCGAAUUUGGUUGUGUGGGGCACAUUGUUACAUGAUAAUUUGAAUAUGUUUAGGCAGGGGUGUGUAAAAAGGUUAAGCUUUUGUUUCUCCUGCUUGGAAUUGAUUUCUUUAUCUGCUGGCUUGUCACUUAAUUUUUAUUUGGUAAGAUACAUUGUACUGAAAGAGUAAAACAUUGCUAUUUGAUUUUGCUACUUUUUGCUUUAUGCUUUUUUUUUUUUUUUUU